UGCAAUGCUGUUUUCAAGGAGAGGUGGCCAGGGAGGCUGGUGCCUGCUGCUCUCGCUUCUGCUCUUUGCAGCCUGGGGGGCUGGCAGCGGCCAGAUCCACUACUCGGUCCCUGAAGAGGCCAAACACUGCACCUUUGUGGGCUGCAUUGCCCAGGACCUGGGGCUGGAGCUGGCCGAGUUGGUGCCAUACCUGUUCUGCAUGGCGUCCAAAAGCCGCAGGGACUUUCUGGAGGUAAAUCUGCAGAAUGGCAUUUUGUUUGUGAAUUACUGGAUUGAUCGGGAGGAGCUAUGCGAACAGAACACGAAAUAUAGUAUCCACCUGGAGGUGAUCGUGGACAGGCCGCUGCAGGUGUUGCAUGUGGAGGUGGAGGUGAAGGACGUUAAUGAUAAUCCACAGGUCUUCAGAGUUAGAGAACAAAGGCUAUUUAUUCCUGAAUCUAGGCUGCUGGAUUCACGUCUCCCGAUAGAGGGCGCUGCUGAUGCAGGCAUUGGUACCAACGCUUUUCUAACAUACACUCUCAGCUCCAGUGAUUACUUCUCUUUGGAUGUACAGGCAAGUGAUGAACUGAGUAAGUCACUUUCGCCUGAGUUGAGGAAGUCUGUGGAUAGAGAAGAUACACCAGAACUUCGUUUAUUAUUGACAACCACUGAUGGGGGCAAACCAGAACUAGAAGGUACAGUUCAGCUGCUGAUCAUGGUGCUCAACCUUAAUGAUAACGUCCCAUGGUUUGCCCAGGCCAUGUACAGAGUACACUUAUUAGAUACUACUAAUGUUCCAGCAAUUGGAACAUUAAUGACCACAUUAAACGCCUCUGACGCUGACAAAAGUGUAAAUGGCGAAAUUGUCUUUACUUUGGCAAUGAUGUUACAAAAAUUCAAAAUUGAUUCCAGCUCAGGGGAAAUUAGGCUAAUUGGUAGACUGGAUUAUGAAGAAACGAAAUCCUACGAAAUUCAGGUAAAAACAGUUAAUAAAGGAGGUCCCUCAAUGUCAAAUCACUGCAAGUUUUUAGUGAAAGUUCUGGAUGUAAAUGAUAAUGCUCCGGAACUGGCGGUCACAUCAUCUUUGCCUGUAAGAGAGCAGUCUCCACUCAGCACCGUCAUCGCCUUCAUCUCCAUCUCUGACCGUGACUCUGGUGUCAAUGGGUAGGUGACCUGCACCCUGACGCCUCAUGUCCCCUUCAAGCUGGUGUCCACCUUCAAGAAUUACUAUUCGUUGGUUCUGGACAGCGCCCUGGAUCGCGAGAGUACGGCGAACUAUGAGGUGGUGGUGGCAGCGCGGGACGCGGGCUCGCCUUCCCUGUCGGCCACAGCCAGCGUGUCCGUGGAGGUGGCCGACGUGAACGACAACGCGCCCGCGUUCGCACAGCCUGAGUACACGGUGUUGGUGAAGGAGAACAACCAGCCCGGCUGCCACAUCUUCACGGUGUCGGCGAGGGACGCGGACGCGCAGGAGAACGCGCUGGUGUCCUACUCGCUGGUGGAGCGGCGGGUGGGCGAGCGAGCGCUGUCGAGCUACGUGUCGGUGCACGCGGAGAGCGGCAAGGUGUACGCGCUGCAGCCGCUGGACCACGAGGAGCUGGAGCUGCUGCAGUUCCAGGUGAGCGCGCGCGACGCGGGCGUGCCGCCUCUGGGCAGCAACGUGACGCUGCAGGUGUUCGUGCUGGACGAGAACGACAACGCGCCCGCGCUGCUGCCGCCCGGGCCGGGUGGCAGCGGGGCGGGCGCGCUGAGCCAGCUGGUGGCGCGGUCGGUGGGCGCGGGCCACGUGGUGGCGAAGGUGCGCGCGGUGGACGCGGACUCGGGUUACAACGCGUGGCUGUCGUACGAGCUGCAGCCGGCGGCGGGUGGCGCGCGCAGCCCGUUCCACGUGGGGCUGUACACGGGCGAGAUCAGCACGACGCGCGCCCUGGACGAGGCGGACGCGCCGCGCCAGCGCCUACUGGUGCUGGUGAAGGACCACGGCGAGCCGGCUCUGACGGCCACGGCCACCGUGCUGCUGUCGCUGGAGGACAGCGGCCAGGCGCCCAAGGCCUCUUCGCGGGCGUCGACGGGCGCCGCUGGCGCGGAGGCCGCUCUGGUGGAUGUGAACGUGUACCUGAUCAUCGCCAUCUGCGCGGUGUCCAGCCUGUUGGUGCUCACGCUGCUGCUGUACACGGCGCUGCGGUGCUCGGCGCCGCCCAGCGAGGGCGCGUGCGGGCCCGGGAAGCCCACGCUGGUGUGCUCCAGCGCGGUGGGGAGCUGGUCUUACUCGCAGCAGAGGCGGCAGAGGGUGUGCUCUGGGGAGGGGCCGCCCAAGACAGACCUCAUGGCCUUCAGCCCCUGUCUUCCACCCGGCCCCAUUAGUGGGGAUAGAGAAGAGCAGACGGAUGUGAAGGUUGAUCUUCCUGCUAAGGUGAUGUCUGAAUUUCUUGUGACUAAUGGCUUUGAACCGAAUCAGCAGUAA